AUGGGCUCACUCGGAUCCGGAGUUGGGACGUUUUGGCCGGCGGAGGUCCUUUCUGGAGCGGGGAUCGAAGAGGAUCGCGACAGAGGGCUCGCGAUGGAAAACCAACCAAAGCCUUUCCCCAUCUGGGCCGACGUCACCACAGCCGAGCGAUCACACUCAAUCACCGGCACGGUGGAGGCGUCUGAGAUCGCAGGACUGGUAGGCGUCAAGGUUCCGACAUCUGAAGUUGGGAUCGCAGAGGGAGAUCCGAGAGGCCCCGAUCCUGAAGCAGGAGGAGAUAUCUGA